ACAGGCCGGGUGUGGGUAUGUGUGUGGUUCCCUCACACACACACACACCCGUCCCCCAUCCGAACAGGGCGCGGGGGGACACGCUGCCCUCCCCCCGGUCUCCCUCGUCCCCGGUACAGCGCGACCUGCUGCCUUGUCCUUCUGCCCAAAAUGGCGCUGCCCUACGGAAAGGCCGGGGCCGCCCCCUCCCCGCCCGGCUCCGUCCCUUGCCCGCUUCGGCCGAGAGCUUAAGUCGGUUGAGGGCCGGAGGCGCCCCCAAGGCGCUUUGCUGGUUUCCCCUGCUUGUCCCGCCUCAGCGCGGUUCCCAGAAGAAACGGGGGGGGCCUGGCCUGGGGGAGCUCCACGGACAAAGCGGCACCGGGCGCACAGAGGGCGAGCGCCUCCCGCACCCGGUUCAGCGGCAGAGGUGGGAAGGCUGAGGAGCGCUGGCAUGGGAAACUGACCUGGAGCAUCUGCUCCAGGAGGAAUCCUGCUGGCCUCCUCAUAACUUGGUUCAGGAGAAUAGGUGCUGAACAGACCUUUUAUUAACGAGGGCAGUGAAAACCCCAAAGGUUCUUCUCAGUUGCAGUGGUGAUACAUAACUCAAAAAAGUGCUUCCCUCCUUGCCUUUAUGUUUCUCAGUCUUGGGCAUCCUCUGGAUGCUGCAGCAGAUGCCGAUUCUCUCCACUGCUUGCAAUCUCAAAACUUGAGAGUUGCCCUCUCUGGGUGUCCUCACAGUAGCUACAAUCCUCCUCCAUCUCACGAUUACCUGUUCAGGAGCAUCAUUCCUUUUGGAACGUGAUUGUUUCAGUCUAUGGAGCUUAUUUUUCUCAAGAAAAUGCUUUACAAUUAAGGGGGUAAGAAAAUACUUUCUAGCGUUGUAUGCCCUCCAUAGGGCAUUACUUCUAAUGUGGAUGGAUAGUUUAUCCGCAGUGGCAAAAAAUCCUGACACACCCUGCAGGGAAGGUGUGGGCAUGCUCGGCCGCGUUUUGGUCCUACUUGGGUAUCGCCAUUUCCUAGCAUGGGGCUGUCUCGGCCUUAGCCCUGGGUAGUGCCCAGCCUCACCUGCUUGCUGCGUCCCUCGGCAGCACUUUUCAGAGGCAAAUGAAUCCUUUUGCAGCUUCCUGGGAUGACCUUCAUGGAAGUGCCUGUCAAGAGGUGCAGCCGGCCCUUGUCCAAAGGGUUGUGCUCCCUCCUGCUGGACUUGCCAUGGAUGAAAAAUAAUCAGGUGGUUAAUUUUUCACAAUAAAAAUGCCCAAAUUUUAAGUUUAAAUCAAUGUACUUUAGCAGGAUCAUCUGUGGACACUUUAAUUCUGGAAUGACUUAAUAAACUUACGUAAGAACAUCCACAUGGGUAUUUUUCAUUGGCUUAAUUAAAUUGGUUAAAAAAUAAUUUAGCCUAAGAUCAGCUUCCUUAUAGAGACAGGGCAGGUUUUUACCUGCAAACAGUAUCUCCUUGUCUAGAUUGAGACUCUUUUGCACAUACUCAUUUUGCUGUUCUGAGUGUAUGACAGUGUUUUAGCAGUUAUUACUGAGCUUAGCUUAGACCUACAUUUUCUAUUCAGUGAGCCAGAUGAUUCCCUCUGUUCGGAUCUGUAAUUAUUUCCUUUAUUCUUAAUUAUGUUCCUGGAACAUUGCGGUAAUGCACUGUAGGGUAUAUUUUACACAUGUGUAUAGAUUGGAAUGUAUGUUAUUCUUCAAAGUUCGCUCCAUAUAUCAUUCAGGUGCAUUUCUGCUCAAAACUGAAAUGGAAUUCUGAAGAUUGUAGGGGGUCAGUAACAUUUCAGAAGAGUUGACUAAUUAGCAUCCCUAAUUAAAUGACUUAUGGCAAGCUAUCAGUGCAGUUGCCUUGUUACAUGUCAUGGCUGGACUAUGUCAGGAAAACUUGUUUUAGAGAGAAGAGUUGCGUGAUUUAACGUUAGAAACAUUUCCGAGGGAGAGGAGUACGAUUUCUGCCAUCAGCAGCCAUGUCAUGUGCUAAAUGACUGGUUUAGUAUCUAAGCCUGUUUACCUGCUCAGACUCCCACAGUUGCAUUCACCACCAGUAUAAGCAUCGACUCCGGUGGAGUUAACACCCACUUGUGCCAGCAGUGAAUUUGGCCCACAGGCCCCAUUCCAGUGCCAUCAAAACACUUGAUACCAAAGCCAAGCUCCUAUGGAUUCCAUUUUUUAAAAAUACCACCCUAAGAUUAAUUAUUUUUUUUCCAAAGGUGUUGCAGUUUACUCUGGAGCCUAAGUGACUUGAUUAGAAGUCUAAUUGGAAUCUUCAUCUGAAUCAUAUUGAACGUGCUACCCUGCAGCAUAGUUUUUACGUUUGAUCAUCUGCUAAUUGCUUGUGAUUCCCUCAGCAUAUACAACAACGAAAUGGAGCAAAAUUAUAAUUUGUAUUUGAUACGUGCUUAAAAUUAACUUCUCUGCCCCCCUCCUCCCUCCCAGGUAGAAACUGUAGCUUUUUGCAGGAAAUGGAGGUUAUCCAGAAACAAGAUGAAAACUGUUACUGCUAUGUGCAAAACAGAACCGUUCACUUACAAUACAUUUGGUCGACUAUUCAGGUAAAAGUUAACAGCAGAGAAAUGUUCAGGUUUGAACCUCUUUCAGAAAGAACCAACUGUCGUAAUUCAGAAACUUUUUUUGAGUUUGCUGCAUGUGCUGUUCAAAUCUUCUGGAAACCAGAGACAUCUACAGAAACUUUCAUAAGCACAAAACAAUAUGGAGAGGAUAUUUGUUUCAAAAUACAGCCCUUCAAAACCGAACCAUACACCGUGAGUGUGAAACGAGAAAUGCUAGAUGGAAAACUCUUGGUUUUGUUUGUAGCUGGAAUUUUUCUGUUCCAUUUUGCGAACAGUCUGAGCAGGAGUACCAAGUUCUUUUACCUUUCUGGAACAAUACUGGGUGUUCUUGCUCUGCUAGUCUUUGUCCUGUUGUCACUUAAAAGGUUUAUUCCAAGGCACAGUACCUUCUGGAUCUUAAUGAGUGGCUGCUGGAUGUCCUCUCUCUAUUUUAUUUACUGCUUCAAAGAGAAUAUGCAGUGGUUGUGGUCCGAACACAGAAACUACUUGUUGGGGUAUUUUCUGGCUGUUGGAAUUACCAGCUUUGCCAUUUGCUAUCAGCAUGGACCGCUUACAACUGAACUGAGCAUAACCUUGUUCACGUGGACGCUACAGUUAACAGCCUUUGUCUUGGUUUAUUGUGGUGUCACCAUACCUGAAGUUGCGUAUGCGGUAAUAGCACUCAGCCUCUGUUCCAAAGGCCUGUGUUACCCCCUUGGCGCUGCCUGUCACGUAGGCAGAAAAAUGAAGAACCACUUUAAAUCAAAAAAGUUAGUGUUCAAGUGCCUUACUGAAGAGGAGUAUCGAGAACAAGGUGAAACAGAAACUAUGAAAGCUCUGGAGGAGUUACGCUCAUUCUGCAGGAACCCUGACUUCCCAUCAUGGUUAGCUGUAUCCAAACUCCAGUCCCCACAUAGGUUUGCAGGUUUUGUUCUGGGAUCUCCUCACAUCUCACCUGCAGAAACAAAGGCACACGAUGAAGAAUAUGGCAUUGGGAGCUUCUUCCUGGAAGAGCAGCUCUUUGAGACAAGGGCAGAAUCUGAGCAAGAUGAUCCAGCCAGUUCCAUCCAUGAAAGAGAUGAGGAGGAUGAAGAUGAAAGGCAUGAACAAACUUCAUUUCCAUAUGCUACUGAAUUGCUCUGAGCUUUGGGAAAUAACCAAAAAAAGGAGAGAGGGAAAAACGCAUUCAUCCUAGAAAGACUGAGAGCUCACGCUUGGGGAUUUCUUGUGGUUGCUGGUGGACAAACAAGUUUUUUUGAAAAACAUCACUGAUGUUGCCCGAUUAGAGCAACAGGUGGAAACCAUAGGGGCUGUUCAAGUGAAGAGGAUUCUCAUGCUAUUGGUACUUUUAACCGAGGAAGUAAACAUUGCUUAUGUCCAAAGCAAGUACUGGCAGCAGCCUGUCCCACCAGAAUGCCUAUUUUUUUUCAGGGAUACUACCUCUAGAGAACAGAGAAUCUGGUUUGGCCCUUUUCAUGGUCAAGUCCUCUGUGCUGAGCAUUAGAGGGAGGAGAAGCCAUUGUUAAUAUUAUACUCUUACUAAGUGCCCUAAGUGUCAACAAUUUGAAUAAUGCUAUUAGUGUGCUGAUAAACUACUUGUAUUGUUUGUGAGACUUUUCAGUGCUAAAGAUCAAGAAAGAGUUAACGCAGCUGAACAAGUUUUGUUUGCUCUUUUGGUUACGCUUCGUUUUACCUCUCCACAUUCGUUUUAAGCUUCUCUUACCCUUCAUAACCCUGCCUGACUUUUCACCCUCUGCUUGUAUUGUUCUGUUCUUGGUCUCCACUCUAGUUAUACUGUGUUUUGUUCUUUCCAUGUCUUUGUUUCUUCACAUACUCUUCUUCCCUCUUCUGCAGGUCCUUCUC